UCCCUGUGCCCCUCGGUUCCCCCUCCCCGGCUGGGAAGGCGGGGAGAGCGCUGCUGCGAACGCGCUUUCUUACCGUCAGAGGGAGUUGGGACCCUGAGGUUUCCUGCGUUACUCACUCGCCCAAACCCGGGCUCCUUGCAAUAAAUAGCAGCUCCUCGCCCUCGGGCUCCUCUGUUGCCGCCUCCGACUCCUUUGGCGACCCCUGGAAAGGGGGAAGAGCCCCCUCCUCCCGCCCCUUCGCCACCGGCCCCAGGUAGCCAGUCCUCCCCUCCUCCGUCCCAUCCAUGUGGACUCACCAGCUGUUGCCACUCGGACUCUUUCUCCACUCCGUCCUGGCCGUCCCGCUGGCAGAAAACAAAGGGAAAAGAAAUCCCCUCCAUGACUACCAGAAAACAGUCGAUACCUCAUUAGUAAGGAUAGACAAGGCACUGAAAGUGAAAACGAAGCUGCUAAAUACGACAGAACAGUGUGCCAAGAGAUGCAGCCGAAGUAAAGGACUUUUAUUCAUUUGCAGGGCUUUUGCAUUUGACAAAACAGCCAAACGUUGCCAUUGGUUAUCUUUUACUAGCCUAGAAAAUGGAGUCAGGAAAAAACAUGACAACACAUUCAUUCUCUAUGAAAAGAAAGACUAUGUUCGAAAUUGCAUUAUUGGGAAAGGAGCAACGUACAAGGGAAACAUAUCAGUCACAAAAAGUGGGAUCGAAUGCCAAGCCUGGAAUUCGACCAUACCUCACGAACACAGCUUUUUACCUUCGAGCUAUCGAGGUAAAGAUCUUCAAAGAAACUACUGCCGCAAUCCACGAGGAGAAGAAGGGGGCCCUUGGUGUUUUACCAGCGAUCCAGAAACACGCCACGAAGUCUGCAAGAUCCCUCUCUGCUCGGAAGUUGAGUGCAUGACAUGCAAUGGCGAAGGCUACCGAGGUCCAAUGGAUCACACUGAAACAGGCAAAGAAUGUCAACGUUGGGACCUUCAGAGACCACAUAGACAUCCUUUUCGUCCAGAGAAAUACCCUGACAAAGGCUUUGAUGAUAACUAUUGCCGAAAUCCAGAUGGUAAACCGAGGCCAUGGUGUUACACCCUUGACCCAAACACCCCCUGGGAGUUUUGCUCAAUUAAAACAUGCGCUCAGAAUGUGGUGCGCAGCUCCUCGGCGGUUAUUGAAACAACCGAGUGCAUACAAGGACAAGGAGAAGGCUACCGGGGUACCGUGAACACCAUCUGGAGUGGGAUUGAAUGCCAGCGGUGGGACUCUCAGGUGCCUCACCAACAUAACUUCACACGGGAGAACUUUAAGUGCAAGGAUUUGAGAGAGAACUAUUGCCGAAACCCAGAUGGAGCUGAGGUACCCUGGUGUUUUACGACCAAUCCAAAUAUUCGGAUCGGAGAUUGUUCCCAGAUACCAAAAUGCAAUACAUCCACUGAAAAAGAUUGUUUCCGAGGGAAUGGGACAAACUAUAUGGGCAAUUUAGCCCAGACACGGUUCGGCUUGACUUGCUCCAUGUGGGAUAAAAACAUCCAAGAUUUAAGAAGGCACCUCCCUAUAUAUAAAGACCUAGAUAUAAGCAAGGUGAAGAAAAAUUACUGUCGCAAUCCAGAUGACGAUGCUCACGGCCCUUGGUGCUACACCAGCAAUCCUAAAAUGCCUUGGGACUACUGUCGUAUAUCUAGAUGUGACAAUGAACCAGUUUCUAUGAUGAGCAGUUUAGACAUUCCCAUCAUCCCUUGUGCUUCGACAAAGCACCUACGAGUCGUGAAUGGGAUCCCAACACAACCCGAUAAAGGAUGGAUGGUCAGCUUGAAAGACAGCAGGGGCAGACAUUUCUGUGGCGGUUCACUGGUGAAAGAAGAUUGGGUCCUAACAGCCAAACAGUGCUUCCUCUCUCGGCAUAACCUCAAAGACUAUCAGGCUUGGCUUGGUAUCCAUAAUGUGGAAAGAGCUCAUGAAGAAAAGCAUAAGCAAGUUCUAAAUAUUUCCCAGUUGGUCUACGGGCCUGAAGGAUCGGAUAUAGUUUUACUGAAGCUUUCCAGACCUGCAGUAAGCAAUAACGCCGUAGCUAUUAUCCGCCUGCCCAUUUCUGGUUGCACCAUUCCAGAUGGGAUCACGUGCAGUGUUUAUGGAUGGGGACACACAGGAACAAGAAAUUUUGAUGGGCAACUUCAGGAAGCAAAUAUGAUCAUGAUGGGGAACGAACGCUGCAUUCAAGAUUUUGGAGGAAACGUAGUCCUGAAGGAAUCCGAAAUGUGCGCUCGAGCUGAGAGCAUCGGCAGUGGAACUUGUGAGGUACAAUAGCAAUAGCACUUAGACUUAUAUACCACUUCACUCUGCUUUACAGCCCCUCUCUAAGCGGUUUACAAAGUCAGCAUAUUGUCCCCAACAAUCU